AUGAAUUCUAGCACCAAACCUGCUCCCUAUAAUUUUACAACCUGCCUCAGGGAACCUUUAAAGGGAUUGAUCAUUCACUCAUUUAUCCAACGAACGUUUAUAAAAUGCCUAUUAUGUGUCAAACACUGUUGUGCGUGCUGGGAACACAAAAGCUGGAAACAGGCACAAAGACCCUCGUUCAUGGAGAUUACAUUCUACUGGCAAUUUCAGUGUGUGACCUAAAUUGAGUGGUGCUAACAGUUGACUUGGUUGGCUGGCUGAAACUUGGACUAAAAAUUUGCCUACACUAAAUGAAGUUUAAAUGCCAGAUAUUUCCUCAUACAUUAUAAAGUAUACAAAGAUAAAUGGAGUUAGGAAUGCUAGGGUGAAUUUUUUGUGUAAAAUCAAGAUUACCCAUACCUCAAUAUUUAAAGAUGGCCGCCUCCAGGAUCAGCGACGAGAGGACGCGGACUUCUUACCUUCCAGUCGUCCGUGCUCCGUACACCUGCAACUUCAGACUCUCUUCGGCCGCCGUAGACCGGCUUGGAGUCUCGGCUUGAGUGCAGUGGCGCGAUCGUGGCUCGCUGCAGCCUCCACCUCCCGGGGCUCAGGUGACCUUUCAACUGAGCUCAGGAUCAGCUUUCCCAAGUAGCUGGGACUGCAGAGAUGGCAUCUCACUAUGCUGCCCAGACUGAUCUUGAACUCCUGGCCCCAAGUGAUCCUCUCUCCUUGGCCUCCUAAAGUGCUGGGAUUCCAGGUGCAAGCCACCUCGCCUGGUCACAUUAAUCCAGCUUGUAAAAUAUUGCUUUGUUUUUUGGUGCAUUUCAAAGUUCUGACUCCAGAAGCAAGACACAUCAAGUGAGGUGAGGAGGAGGUCCAGGACCUGGAUAUGAUCCUUUGCAGGGAUGUAAUGCGCCAGAGACCAAGAUUUUUAGCCAGAAAUUGAAGGCAGUUCAAGGAGAGACUACAGACGCAGCAUCCUACUUACUGGCUGUUUCCUGGUAACAGGAGAAAAUGAUCACAUCCCAGGAAUCACUGACUCUGGAGGAUGUGGCUGUGGAGUUCACCUUGGAGGAGUGGCAGCUCCUGGGCGCAUCUCAGAAGGACCUGUACCGGGACGUGAUGUUAGAGAACUAUAGCAACCUGGUGUCAGUGGGGUAUCAAGCCAGCAAGCCAGAUGUGCUCUCCAUGUUAGAACAAGGAGAACCAUGGACAACAGAAAAUGAAAUCCACAGCCAAAUCUGUCCAGAAAUCAAGAAAGUUGACAAUAAUUUUCAGAUGCACUCACAAAACCAAAGAUGUCUGAAGAGAGUGGAACAAUGCCAUAAACAUAAUGCAUUUGGAAACAUCAUUCAUCAGAGGAAAAGUGAUUUUCAUUUAAGGCAAAAUUAUGAUACAUUUGACUUACAUGGGAAAAUACUGAAAUCAAAUUUAAGUUUAGUCAACCAGAACAAAAGGGAUGAAAUCAAGAAUUCUGAUGAAGUUAAUGGAGAUGGAAAAUCCUUCCUUCAUGACAAGCAUGAACAAUUUUAUAAUGAAAUGAACUUCCCCAAAUAUGGAAAUUCUGUGAAUACAAAUUCACAAUUCAUUAAGCAUCAGCAAACUCAAAAGAUAGAUAAACCCCAUGAAUGCACUGAGUGUGGGAAGGCUUUCCUCAAGAAGUCUCGACUCAUCGAUCAUCAGAGAGUUCAUACUGGAGAGAAACCUCAUGGAUGCAGUAUAUGUGGGAAAGCCUUCUCUAGAAAGUCCAGGCUCACUGAACAUCAGAAAACUCAUGUAGGAGAGAGACGGUAUGAAUGCACUGACUGUGACAAAGCAUUUCGCUGGAAAUCACAGUUCAUUGCACAUCAGAAAAUACAUACAGGAGAGAAACCCUAUGUAUGCAGUGAUUGUGGAAAAGGCUUCAUCAAGAAGUCUCGACUCAUUAAUCAUCAGAGAGUUCAUACAGGAGAGAAACCACAUGGAUGCAGCCUGUGUGAGAAAGCAUUCUCCAGAAAGUCCAGGCUCACUGAACACCAGCGAACUCAUACAGGAGAGAAACCCUAUGAAUGCACUGAAUGUGACAAAGUGUUCCGCUGGAAAUCACAGCUCAAUGCACAUCAGAAAACUCACACAGGAGAGAAGUCAUAUAUAUGCAGUGACUGUGGAAAAGGCUUCAUUCAGAAGGGAAAUCUCAUUGUACAUCAGCGAACUCAUACUGGAGAAAAACCCUAUAUAUGCAAUGAAUGUGGAAAAGGCUUCAUCCAAAAGGGCAAUCUCCUUAUUCAUCAACGUACUCACACCGGCGAGAAACCCUACGUAUGCAAUGAAUGUGGGAAAGGCUUCAGCCAGAAGACAUGCUUAAUAUCCCAUCAGAGAUUUCACACAGGAAAGACACCCUUUGUAUGUACUGAGUGUGGAAAAUCCUGCUCACACAAGUCGGGUCUCAUUAAUCACCAGAGAAUUCACACAGGAGAGAAGCCCUAUAUGUGCAGUGACUGUGGGAAAGCUUUCAGAGAUAAAUCAUGUCUCAAUAGACAUCGAAGAACUCAUACAGGGGAGAGACCCUAUGGAUGCUCUGAUUGUGGGAAAGCUUUCUCCCACUUGUCAUGCCUAGUUUAUCAUAAGGGAAUGCUGCAUGCAAGAGAGAAAUGUGUAGGUUUAGUCAAAUUGGAAAAUCCUUUCUCGGAAAGUCAUAGCUCAUCACAUACAAGUGAUCUCAUACAGGAUAAAGACUCUGUUAACUUGGUGACUGUGCAGAUGCCUUCUGUGGCAGCUCAGACUUCAUUAAGUAACAGUGAGUUCCAAGCAGAUAGCAAAGUAGCCAUUGUGAGCCAGCCUGUUGCCAGAAGUUCACUCUUAGCAGAUAGUAGAAUUUGCACAGCAGAAAAACCUUAUGAAUGCAGUGAAUGUGGUAGUGCUUUCAGUGAUCAAUUACAUCAUAUGUCACAAAACACACACAGGAACAAACUGUGAUACAUUCAAGGUGGAAAGCCCUUGAGUAAAAUCUUAUGGCUGAUAAGCAUAUACUCAGAGAAAAUUAGUAUGAGGUAGAGACUGGGAAAGUCUUUUAUGGGAAGAUAGAUCCUCUGAUUAGUGAUCAUCAAUGAGCUUAUAGUUGGUAGAAAUAUAAUGAUCAUGGAAAAGUCCUUGUUCAGAAAUAAUACCCCAGUAGGUAUUAGAGGCUUUACAUAAGGAACAGUUGGAAGACCUUUGAAGGCUGUGAAUGUGGCAGGGUUGCUAGUGGUACAUUCUGCCUUAUCCUCAGAGAAAAUCAUAUAGAAAUAAAACUAUGAAAAUAGUACCUAGAACAUCUUCAGCAAAAUAUGAAAGAACACACGAAGCAAAUAAGCCCUGUGAAAUGGGUAUUUUAGAGAUUUUGAUUGCAAAUCUAACAUCAUUAUACAGCAGAUAAUAUACAGGAUGUGUUUUUUAAGACAAUAUACCUUGACUCACUAGUUGAUAUGUCAGUGACUAAUUAACGGGUUGUCACUGUUACACAUCAUUGGUUAAAUUUAUAACACAAUGUGCCCCUUCCCCCAUUUUUGGCAUGAGUUUUCUAUUCCCAACCAAGAUCAUUAUAUGAUUAUCUCUUGUGUUUCUUUGAUUUUAAAUUUCUUCACUUGUUAUUUCAGACUACUGAAGUUCUUCAAAAGGAAAUAUGUAUUUAAUAAUGUAACACAACAAGUUUUGAUGUGUUUAACUUUAUAAAUAUCACCCCAGAGGAAUUAAGUUCAAAACUUAUGAUUGGCCAUGCUCUUAAUUUAGAAGGUAGUCCUAAUCCUAACCCUAUGGUUUGUCUUAUUGUUGGCAUACACGCCAUUCGGAAUAGUUUGUGUGAUCCACUUUCUUUACCUGAAAAUGUUUCCUUUAUCUAGGAACUGUGGAUGACGGCAGUGGGAAACAAAACAAAAUGUCAAGCCAGCAUUUUUAAAAAGCUGGAUUAUAUGCAUGUAUAGUUUAUACAUGCAACCGUAGUUUAAAAAUGCAUAUUCCUGUAUCAGUUGAAACUGUAGUUUAAAAAUACAUAUGCCUGUAUCAGUUGAAAAAGACAUAUAAUAUAAAGAUCAAAUUGUCCUGAUAAUUUCUUGUUCAAGGUACAUAUUAUUAUUUGGAGUGGGAAGAGGAAAAGACUCAAUUUUCCUUACAUAAAACAGGAUAUGAAUACUUUUCUAAAAAGUGUUCAUGUCUUAUCUCUACCUAAAUUAUAAAUUCCGUGAUAGUUUGUAGGCAAUUGUAUAUACCCUAGCAGAUAGAAAUUAAUUAUAUGUAGAUUUUUGGAAGAUGAAUGAAGGUGCGUGAAUAACCCAGUGGACAAUUGAUCAGAAUUACUUUUGUUGUUGAAGAAAAGGAGCUACCAGAAAGAAAUUCUGAGGAUUAGUACUAUUCUAAAAAAAAAAAAAAACUUUUUAAAACCUGAAUAGAGCCUCAUUUCUGUCAUAAGAGGGGCAGAACAGAGAAGGAAUAGGAUUCACAGAAUAAGCCCAAUUAAAAAAAACAAAAUAACUUCAUUCUCUAAAAAUAAAGGACAGCAUGUAA